AUGGGCGACCGAGCACAACGACUUCCAAUCCUGCAUCUGGUGUACGCUGGGUAUGGCGAUGCCAUGUAUGUGGAGUAUUCCGGUCCUGGGAACGAGCGAAAGCUCAUGGCAGUGGAUGGCGGGCCACGAGAUAAUGCUGGUACACCGUGGAUAGAUCAAAAAGAGGGACAGAAGACGGCUGUAGAAGAUGCAGAGGACGACAGUAACUCGUCUGCCCGGGUUAACGGAACCGCGCCCUAUUGGAAGUACUUUCUUUCAGCGGCGAAGCAUCUGUGGUACUCUGAACAUCAUCUCGGCCAUGUGCAUACGAGCCGCAUCCGACUCAGCGCCCUGGUCAACACUCAUCAGCACGCAGACCAUUGCCAGGGCUUAUACGACCUGCUAUACGAAAACUAUCGUGGUCAAGCCACCAAUGGCGGAGAUCAAGACCUAGUGGAUAUUGACUCAGGGCUUAUUAUGCCUGCCAUGACUGAACAUGCCCCUGGUGAUAAGAGAAAACCCAAAAAAAAGGACUCGGAAGGCUCAUCGUAUCAUAUCCAAAGCCUUUUCAAUGACUUGAUCGGAGGGGGCCCCAAGAUGCGGCCAUUGGAUACUUGGAGUCGCACAAGCCAGAAUGCUGGCGUGUACGGCACAAUUGAAUACCCGCCUGUGGAGAGCGACUAUGGAAAGGAGCAGCACGAACUGAACGUCUCGCAGCGUGAGAAAGGAGAAGACCUCACUAUUCUGAAAAAGGAAGCGAGGCACAAACCGACUGUUAUUUGUCUGUCCCGACGGGCCGGUGCUGUCCCUGCGAUGACCAUUAAUCAGUUCAAGCAAGACUACCUACAGUCAAUUGAAAAAUAUGCCGCAGACUUCGCUGUAAAGCUGGGCCAGUCCACAGACGACGUCGCUGAAUAUGAAGGCGAGGAUGGUGAUGAGGAAGAAGGCGUCAUAACACCAGAGACUGAUCCUUCGGAACUGAAGAAGAAGUACGAUAACAUCAAUUAUGCCAGUUUGCUCAUGCAUCUGCCUGGAGAUUGGCACUCACAGCAGCAGCAGCAGCAGCAGAAACCUGACGGAGGCAUUUACAUGACAGGAGACAAUACCGCUGACAUCAUCCACUCCUACGUACGUGGUCGGCACUUUUCUAUCUACAAGAUACAACACCAUGGAAGUCAGCUAGACAAUCAACUUGGUACUCUUGGUGGCGACAGAAAGAGUUUGGCCGAUGCCUAUUCGUUGAAUGAGACAAUGGUCUUGUUCACCCUUUUAGCCAACAUGAACCCGCAGCACGACCUUAUCUCUGGUUACAGAGACAUCGUCGACGCCCAUCCUGAAGCUUUCAAAUGGCUGAAGAAUACUAUCUCAGAGAAGUUGCGGGAUAUAACAGGGGAGGAUUGGCAAGACCUGACGAAGCUUCGCGAUGUGCUCGUCAAUCGUCACCAGACUAUCCUAGGGAACAGGCGUAUCAUUGCAAAGGGGCAGAAGGAUACCCUGAUUGCACUUCCCGGAAAGUUGACAAGGACAAAGUUGAAAGAAAUCUGGGUGCAAGUUACGCUCGCUGUUGAUGAUCUUGGCCAGAGGGCAGAUGAGGACGGCACAAAGCAUGAGGAACAUCGGCGCCUCUUUUUUGAGAUAGAUUACGAAGUGUCGGUCAGCGCGGAUCGUCGAGAAGCGAUGCGAAAGAACAUGAAUAAAGAAAAAACGACACGCAGCCGUUCAUCGCCCGUCAAAGUCAAACUCCCAGACCAGACCAAAAGUAUGUCCGGAGGCAUACAGAGCAAUCUCCAGAACGCUGGUGGCAGCCUCCGCGACCUGCCGAUAGACCAAGGGUUGAAUCUACUUCCACCAUCAUCAAGUCCAAUGCCUAGCGAGAAGAAAACUCGGAAACGAAAAUUCAAUCUCUUCCCGGGUCUGGCGUUUGUUAAGGAGGAGCCGAUACUACAAGAAAGAAUUGUCAAGUCUAAGAGGCUCGCGUGGUGGCAAAGAUGGGUGCAGACGAGCGUGGGGGAACGUGAUAGCAUCGCCCAUUUUACGCUUGAUCAUGUCCGGGCAGUUGCUCAGGUCAAGGCCUUCUUCGUGAGCUUCAAGGCUGACGCCUACACUGUUAGUGCUCACGGGGGCCGCCACGGACACCCAAGGGCCGAGACCCUGUUAGGACUGGCCCUGGCACUAAAGGAACAAGGCCGCAUGGCUACUUUGUACCUGACCAGCCCCCACUCGUUUCCUCAUGUUGCUUUGGACAGCUUGUGCCGUGCUCGCGGUAUUCGCUCCACCGAGAUACUCGAAAAGUAUUUGCAUGUACGAUACCCCGCCACUCUGCAGACCAUGGUCAGUUUGACAGCCAACCCGGACAUGACUCACUGCGAGCGCGAUGAUAAAGAAACCAUCCGCUUGAAAAGAACCGCAACCGAUACUCUGAAUGUCGAUCUUCCUUUUGCUGAGAACAUACACGACUUGGACAACACAACCCGGGCUCUUCUUGUGAUUGGCACCGACAAUGAAGGGAAAAGGCUUGCUGAAGGCGAUCGCGUUGUCUCUAAUGAGGAAUUUGCUCAGUGGGCCAAGGAACGACACGAUAAGAUGGAAAGCUUGAAGCAGUGGGCUUUCAUCUCGCGAAGCCUAGUGAUGUACUUUGAAGUGUCAACAAGUACUGGUUCAUUGGCUACUGAUUCAUUGGCCACUCAUUAUCUCGAGCUGAAGGGUGACAACGACCCUCAGCUAACCCAGAAUAAACCUGUGCAGGCGUUGGUUGUUCGUGAGGGAUGGAUGGUGGAAGGUAUGGCCCAGCGGAACGUUGUUGUCCUCAGUAACCCUCAAAAUGGCUUCCAAAUGAAGGGAUUCGUGACUGCCAUACCGUCUGUGGUAGGCCAAUUUGCUCUUUCAUGGGACGUUGAGGAAGAACCGGCUGUUCAGCCGCAUGGCCAAGCACAAGCUGCAACGGAAUAUGUUCGGAGGAGCUUUGUGUACAACGAAGCCUCCAAGACUUGCGAAAUUGACGAUGCAUUUAUUAACAAUGACAGACUUCGAAAGGAUGUGGUUCAUUUCUCCUUCAAGCCCAUACGCCAAGCACCACAGCCCUUACAAAUCAUGAGCAGCAAAUCUCUCAGCAAUGUGGUAGCCGACAAUUUCAUGGCUCACGUGGUUGCUCCUGAAGCCACAUCUCUUGUUCCCAGGUUGGGGGCCCUAAACGUGCAACGUAGCGAGUCGGCUACCGACGAAGAAGAAGGCAUAGAAGUAGCAGAAGAAGAGGCACCAGCGCCAAAAGCAGAAGCUAAUGAGUCGGCCGUUGCAAAUCUCAAUACUGACCCUGAGUCGCUCCGUAACGAGGGAGCAAUUGAGGCGGUUGGGGGAGAAACAGAGGCGAUGCCGCGCAGUCUUGACACUGCUUUGACUCGCGAAUUAACUAGCACCGCUAUGUCUCCUCUUCCUGUUCAAGGUCGCGAUGCUGGUAACGCACAUACAACUACCCAAAACAAUGAUGGCAGUAAUACCCCAUCGAUAGGAGGGAAACUUCAGGGGAACAUGAAAGCAUUUUUAUCCGCAAGUCAACUCACGCCUGAGGAUGUUAAGAAUGCCCGGGAAGCUUUGGUAGCGCUUGUCGGCGACGGCAAUAUUGACGGAUUCAACAUGAAGCAGCCGCACGAAAAGGAAAUACUAGGAUGGCCAGUUGAUACUGCCAACUCAGCAGUAGCAUUCACCUCAAAUGGCGACAGUGGAGACAGCAGCGGGCCUCAGAGAAUUGUCUCCAGCAUGGCUGUGCUGAUUCUCAAACCAAGCAGUGGUGCUUCGCUGUCAGUCAAUAUAGGAAGAAGAGGAGAGAUCUCACCAAGUGAGGGCAGUGGCGUUUUAACUAUUACGGAUGCUCGGAUACUCAUUGAGAGUCCUGUAGGGGGCCCCAUCAUUCUCCGCUUACUUCUCACGUGUGCCCAAAAGCCGGAGUCCGUUAGUAGCACCCCCGAUGAUGAUGAUGGUAGUGACGACGACUACUACGGAGAAGCAUCACGCAGCGUGACACAGGUCCAUAUCACGAAAGUCAUUCGUCCUGCUGACACGAUCUCGCGUCUCGACAAGAUCAUCCAUGAGAUAGGCGUGGCUAAUGACACUAUACGGACCAUGACCGUUCUCGACGCUCUGGCUCUCGUUCUGGCCAGCGACCGCGGCGCCGUGAAAAGCUUAUAUGACCGAUUGCCCCUUGUCCUCGCAUCCCUCAGCGAGCUAUUGAUGAGCGGUAAACCGGAUUGGACCCGGUCGACUGGCCGCGCGACAAGUAGUGCUACCAAUCAAAUGGUACCACAGAGUGCAGUCAUUGCUUUUGAUUUGGACAAGAAGAAUGCCACCAAGAAGCGCCAAGUCUCUUUCGGCCCCAUCUCUCUAAGGCUUGAAGACGUGCAAAUCGUGGUGAGCGAUGCACGUCUUGACAGCGAGCAUAUUGCUAUGUACGCGGUUGUCGGCUUGUCAUAUAUGGAGGCCAAGGGCUCUGAAAAUGAGCCACCCAACAAGGCCAAGGUAGUCGAAGCGCUAAUGGCUGUGGAUUUAUCACUAUCUAGCAGCACUGCAGACACAUACACUUACUUUUGUCUGCACCGAGCAUCGUCCCUUGCUGACAUUGCCGUUGUGCUCGGCAAGAGUAUGGAUGGUAUCUUCAAGGACGUGAUGCUGCCUUUGACCUCUUCCUCAGACGCUACUAAACCUAAUGCCGAUCAGGCGAAGAUCAAGGCUGGUUCUAUAGGGUUUGUAUUGCGGCAGUCAUCAGUCCAACGUCUGAGCAAGUGUGAGCUGCAUCGCGUCUUUUUUGCGAUUGAGUCAUCGGAAUUUUCUGGGUGGAAGGAUUGGUUGCCAACCGCAUGGGUAGACUGUGUCCAAGAUGCAAGAGUAGAUGUCUCAAUCUUCGACCCGCUUGAGAGCAACAGACGUGUAGCGGUGGAUGUUGGUUUCAAGCUUGAGGUCAAGGUCGGUAAAAAGACCAACCAAGAGAAGAUGGAGAAGGAGGAUCCUCUUUUUAUUGAUGUCUCCCUCUCAGCCGUCCCUUUAGUUGCCAAUAACGAUUACGACUUUCGCUUGGAUAUCUCUGCUUCAGAGCACGGCCUCUCGCUCCAGCAGUUUUUGUCUGCAACGGGCUUGUCUGAGACCAAAAUCUUUGAGGGCAUAAAAGAGGGUGUGCCCUUUAUCCCGGAAGUGCUGGAUGCGGUCUACGUCUACGGCGUGAGCCUGGGCGUGAGCCGACAGGGUGGCAGUGGCGAGCUAAGCUUCACCGACUGGAGUCUUCAUGUUGGAAUGCCAAAUGUCACCCUGAUUAAGGACAUACUCACCCUCAGCGGCGUUGAUGUAACCCUGAGGAAGUUUAGCAGAGAAGUAGAAUGCUUUUUGAGCGGUACUGUUAUUGUGCGGAAUAGGUCUCAAGACCCAAAUGAGCCGGAUGAAGUCAAAUACGUCAACAUGAGCCUGCAGGCACCUACUCCAACGCAGGUUGGCUUGCUCACUGUCGAUGUUGAGAGCACGAUCGGGGAAAGGGGGGUAUCUCUCGCCGAUAUGACCCAUGCCUUUGGUCUUCCUAGUCUCGACCAUCUCCCGGUUCUCGGCCAGCUGGCCCGAACCGAGCUGACGUUUCUGAGUCUUGUCACUCAGCCCAUGGAGAAAUUUGAUGACUUGUCAAUCAUAUCGUUUUCGACUACUUUGGCCCAUCCGCUCAUCACUAUGGGUCCACUUGAGAUGCACGACCUCAGAGUCACUAUCGACUAUGAAGCAUCCUCGUCCGGCGAUGAUCCAAGUAGCUUUCUCCUUGCAGCUAGUGCGAACCUCUUGGAUGGCGACUUGUCUGCUGAGAUUUGGUACCAGCGCCUACCCAAGAAUACUAGCAUCGGGGCGGCAUUGACGGCCAACAACAUGGUUCCAGUUAGUCGGCUCCUUAAUGCCUGUCUUCCUCGGGAUAUGGCGGCAAACAUGGCAAGUCUACUCCCAUUUAUCGGCCAACUUUGUCUGGAAGAGUCGCUCGUGAUAUUCGACAAAGUCGACAAUGAUGUUGCAAAGAAUGGUCUCAAUGGGUCCAACCUUGCCCUUCGUCGCUUGAAGGUCACUGUCAGCAAUCAGACCACUCAACUUCAUGUCCAGUCCCUUGUACUGGAGAAAGUGGCCAUCAUUUACUCUGCGUCAAACAAACUCUCUACGGAGCGCCCAGAUGAUGUCCAUCCCAAGUCAGACAAUGCACUUGUGUCUGCUCCUACGGACCAAAGACCCGGGUCAUUGGUGAAGAAAGCCAAGGCAAAAGGCUUACAAUCCAAUCUAUUUGUGGUAGCAAUCAUCAGGAAGGGUGCCGUUCGUGCUACCAUUCGUCUCUGGGCGUCUAAGGGUCAAGAAACAAAGACACUCAGCUUUGGCAUCUUUCCAACGCAGGCCAACUCAAUUACCCUUGGAAAUGUUCUUUCGCUUCUGGACUUUGGCGAGUCCUCACUCAAGUUCCCCCAGCCAAGUACCAAGAUUCUGCCACGAGUGUUUGAUCUAUCUAUCGACGCUCUGGAAGGGGAGAUAUCUGACGCUGACCCCAUCGUUGAACUGAAACCUAUGGAGGAAGACGACAAAGAUAACAGUAAGGCUAGAGGAGAUUCGAGCGUUCCGAGCGAACCAACCCCUAACGCCAAGAAGUUGGGACUGAAAAGAUUCCACGUGGCUGCGCACCUGACUGAUCCAAUACUUGUAGUGUCUUUAGAAGACCCGAAGGUAUGCAUUGAAAAUGUCUAUUUGGACGUCCAGUACGACUCGCGCCCCAAUAUUGGAUUGAGUGGCACACUGCACGGCCAGAUUCGAAUUGGCAAUGACCUAGUUAACCUCUCUUAUAUCUACGAUGCUCGUGUAGGCGAGAAGGUAUUUGCUGCUCACUUACCAUUUGGUGAAAUCCAUCCUCCUGCUGUUGCCAACGGUGGCGAUGACGCAGACGCGAAGGAAGAGCUCGAUUUUGCUACCAUCGCCAAGUCCGCGUCCAUGUCUCCCUCGAAAAUCGCAUACCAUUCUGACAUGCCUCGCGUUGUUCCUAAACCGAAAUCUGUCGGCGUUCGUGUACGUCUGGAACCGACUAAGAAAGUUGAGGUCUGGGCCGCGGGAGAGGGCUCCUGGCCUGCGACUGUCUGCGGAGUCAAGCUUGAGCUUCAAAGCAUCGCAGCCUUCUUCCGCUACACUGAAGGUGGCUUUGUAGGACAGGUUGUGCAGAAGCCGACGUACGAAGCCUAUCUUGCGGGACAUCUUAUCUUUGGUGCAUUUGCUAGUGCUGAUGCUCGCGUUUCCAUUGGACCGGAGCGCAACGCCGUUUUCUAUGCCACUCUCAAACGAGAAAGCAGUGCGUCCAGCGGGCAGAAGGCUGGAGUUCUUUUUUCGACAAUCGCUAACCUAGUUGCGACCAAGGAGCCCAAGUCAACAGAUACAGUGCAACAGAGUCCAGUUCCUGGUGAGGCCAGCUCUAUCCCUAGCCCUAUCGACCAAGACAAUCCUCAGACGCCUGCUUGGGAUAGCAUUGUGCCCUCUUGGAGUGAUUCGAUUGUUGUCAGCGACGACAGGCCUCUAACCAUACUUGCUGACAUCACGAAGAAAGAGCUCCUCGUCGCUGCUACAGUCCAGGGCCACGGGUCCGCUGUUUUUUGGGCUCACCAUCAACGACAAGAUAACGCCGUCGGCGCGAAGCCAACAUUGGACCAACUCUCUGGUCAGGAGAAAUCUACUGAUAAGGCCGAAACUGAGAAACUUGGUCCAAGACAGUACUUGUUCAUGCUUGAAGCUCGCAACAUUGGCCAGCUAUGGUCGAAUCUAAACGAGGAUGUUGACUCCCAAUUCGACAUUUCGAAGCUCAGUGUCGUGGUUAUCAGCUACAAGACUAGCCUCCUCAAAAUUAGGAAAGCGCUAGAGGAAGCAAUAGUUGAGGGAGAGAAGGAACAUUUGCCACUUCAUGAUGUACCAAUCCAAGUUGAACCGGCAAAGGAACCAUCGACUCCAGAAGCACCCACAAGCUCGCAUCCUGUAACAAGUCAACCACCUGGGACUGAUGAUAGUCGGAGCCAUGCUGGCAUUCAGUUCUCUGCACUUGCGUCCGAUGCCAUAAGCUUGUCAAAGAAUCUCCCAGAAGCCGAGAUGGAGCCUGGCGCUUGGUUCUUUGCCGAUCUGAGGCUGGGCUCUGUAAGGGACAAGACAAAGACCAUGAACUCGGUAAUCAGUGUCGAUCUGCACGAAGUACCACAGCUGCAACAACCUGUGCCUUCAAACCAAGACAAGUCUUUUCCACCAUUGGAACAAGCAAGUGCCCAGUUAUGGGCACAUAUCAGCAAGGAUAAAGACAGCAAGGGCUCCAUCUACGGCGUCAGCGUUUCAAACUUGCAUAUAUUUGCUGGGCUUGUCACCUUGAAUGGUUCAGGGACAUAUACCCCGAAGACAAGAACAUUGGACAUUCCUUUUGCUUCACUUCGAUUCCGACUUGAUGAUUUGAGUGCUGGGUCUGAAGAGGGAAAGCCAAAAGCACUUGACUUCUCGGUGUCACUGUUUAUGGAUAAAUCGUCUACCAGAUUUUCGGCGCGGGGAGAGGUAGUUCCAGGUGGUCAGUCAAUCGAUAAUCCAUUUGGCAAAAUGUUUAACGUCCGGCUGGAGUCUCUUAUGAUCCAAGGUUCAUCAGUUAAGCAACAGGACGGUAAAAUCGUGCGAGCCUGUACAAUCACGGGCGCUGCUCGUCUUGGAGGAGGAUUGACUUCGGAUGCAACGCCGAGUCAACAACGCCGUCUUGGUGCGCUGAUUCACUUCGAGCAAGGAAAGCCAGUUCUCGUUGUUGUUGGUUAUGGAGCAAUGCCGACUGAACCUGUCGUCGCCCCGCCAUCAAAUACUCAACAAUCUGAAAUUCCAACUCUAGCAAAGCCAAAGUCGGGAACAACAACUCUUUCGCAAAUCUUCAAAGACGUAUUGGAAACUACUCCACAGGGUAAUAACAAUAAAACAACAUCAUGGCCCACCGAAACACAUGAUGACAUUGUCCUGACAGAAGCGUACUUGAGUUAUAGCAAAGCCCAGGGAAAGUCACAGGAUGCGCCUAUGGAUCAAGAAACACGCAGCUUCCCCCCAGGUUUCUGCGUUACUGCGUAUUUGAGUGUAUUCGAUCACCCGAUCAUGGUAUCUAUAUCGAUCGACGAUUCUCAAAAAGGUGUCGUGCUCAAAGGCACUUCUCGCGAAGUCGUCUACAUCGGAAAUCUGCUACAGCUAACAGAGAACAAGAGUCACAAUAUCGAAGGGAUAACUGUAAGUCUCGACACUACUGGCGGCAACAAAACCGUCUCUUACGGCAUUGAGAGCGGUAUGACCUUUCUCGAUAAGCCUGGAUUCUACUUAUCCAUCAAGUAUACCUCUGCCCCAUCAAGUGAGAAACAAAAACGUGGAUUCGACGGCGAGGCCAGUUUCGAUGGUAAUCUACUGGGGUGGAAAGAUCCAAAGCUCAAAUUUGGCUACCAUGAUGGCAAGUGGAGCUUUUCGAACUGGCAGAUGAGACGUCCAGCGUAUUGGCCCCCCACUCUGAAACAUCUCCUGGCUGCUUCGGCCGGCGGCUUCGAUUUCAAUGCCGAGGAGGCUCAAACUGUCAACAUGGAUAAGGCUCUUGAGUUAGGCAGUAAGAAGGACGAUUGUGAAGAGCUCAUCAAGCUGUUUCUCAAUACACUCAUGCAGAUGCAGUUCACGUUUGGUGUCAGUCUCCCACCUAUGGACCAGUCCGCCAUGCCUAAGACGAAAGAAGAAAAGGGGGCCAUCGUGCAAGCUGGGACUACUGCUUCCAACGAUCCUCCAAUGACCCCGGCGCCAACGAAGCCUGGCAAGUUUUAUUUCAUGGUCACAUGGGAUCUGGACAUCACUCUGGUGGACAACUUCCACGCUGGCACUGUGCACUUGCAGGAUUUCAAGUUCGCUAUUGCCUUUGAUGAGUUCAAGCCCACGAUUCCAGGUUUCCUUGAAUUUAUUUGGAAGCAAAUCUCAAGUACCGAAAACCUGGCUGAGAUAGGCCGCAAGAUCCUUGGCGACAAAGUUCUCCUGGGCAAGAUUCUAUUCAAAACAGCUGUGGAAAAGCUGGCACUUGAGGUGCUCGUCGCGCUGCUCUGUCGCAAACCCAAAGAAGCCCCAAACUUCUACAAAGAGGUCAAAGAUCGGUUCAAGAAAACUGGAGAUGACAUAGACAAGAAACUACGGGAGAAGAAGAAGGAGUACGAAAAGUAUCCCAAGCCCGAGGAGCCCAAGCCGAAUCCGCCAUUCGAAAUCCCAACCUGGACCAUACCGCUCGUCGGUCUGCCGUCACUCCUUAAGUGGCUCGGACGUGCAGCUGUGAAGCUUGGUGAGGGAAGCGGAUUGGCGAAAGCGGGAUCGUGGCUGGUCAGACUUGGUAGCACCCUUGGAAGUUCGAGCGCGUUUUGGUGGGCGGUAGGCAUUGCUAUUGUCGGGUACACAGGGUAUGUCUUGGUUGACCGUUACUACCUGAAUCGUGCAGGAGAUAAGUCAGGGUCACAGCCAGGCGGCAGUGGCGGCGGCAGCGAUGACAGUGGAGGCCGUCAGACUGGUGGUGUCAAGGAGCCAUCAAAACCACCACAGCCGGCGAAACCAGACCUUUCGGGUGUCCCCGCAGACUAUUCCGCUAUGGGUCUGAUCGAUCUCAUUACGUUGUACCUCAAGCACUCUGACGAACUCGAAAACAUCCCAGUGGAAGGUCUUAAAGACGGUCUGGGGGCCAAGAUGCGCAAGAGCGACAUUCCAGAACUUCCAAAAAUCGCCGCCGACAGAUACGACGACUCUGCCAAACUUCUUUCAGAGUCCAAGGAUAGUAGGAGCAAAGCCAAGCUGGGUAUUCAAAGCCGAAUGGCUCUAGUGCAAGAGAAGCUCACCGCUACAUUUCUUGAGGGCGCAGAGGGAAACAAUGAGGCCGUUGUGGUCGUCGACAUCCCGUCCGAUGCACUCCCAUCAUCUAAGCAUGUACCUCAGGAUGACUAUCAUAACAUAAGCUGUGAGGUCUUUGCGACAACGGCCACUGAUGAUAAAGACAUGAAUGAUCACAACCUAGUGGCUUUGUUCCAUGGCAGCCGCCGUCAAUUACCGCUCACCAGGGGCGACCUCUUCCGGUCAGCGGAGAAAGUUUAUAUUGCUGUCCGCAUGCGAGUUGACAUGGGCGACAAGCCAGAAGAGUCAUUUGUAGGCGAAUGGGCUCGGAUUAUGGCAGAACAUACUCCGUGGCUUGAGCAGCCAUACGGACUGCAGCUAAAGGUCGAAAACGACAAGACUGAGGAAGAUAAUGAUCAACAGUGUGUCGUCAUCACCGUGCCUCCGAGUGAUCAGUUCGCAGGUGACUGGGAGCUCAGCCUGCUGGCAACACCCGCUUUGUCGGCCGCACCUUUACAGCCACCUGCAAUACCUUCACUGAGCGAACCUGUCGAGGCAAAGGAAGCUGCCACUAAUCUUAUUGAAUCGGGGGAUAAUACGACAGCAACAGCCGCCAUCCUGCCAUCAAAAGAAUCAGCAAACGUGAUCCUCUGGAAGUCCUCGUACAGUUGUCCACACCGGGGACCCGAGGAUAUACGGGUGCCCGUCGGAGAACUUCAUGCUUAUGAACUCGACGUAAGAGGACGCGACACCAUGUUCUUGACAGCUCAUGCCUACCAGCGAGCGCCAGACGGUACUGGCUGGAAAGACUCCCCCUCUGCUGUUGCGGCGCAGAAAUGGCCGAUCAUGGCUCCUCCACUGGGGCUUCAGAUUUCACUAGCUGGGCGAGCCAUUAGAGCCUCCUGGCAGCCGAACCCGAUUCUUCCCAGUCACCAGUAUGCUGUUCGGCUGACUGCGGCAGAAAAUAAUGACAAUAUCCCACUCGCAGCGGCCCCAGUUUUCUGCUUGGUUGGUGGUUUAGUGACAACGCUCCUCGAGCCCGCCAACAGCGAAGACAUACAAGAUUUAGAGGUGACAGUUUCGAUAACAGUGCCUGAAGCAUCAGUUCCUUUAGUAACUCCAGUCGUUCGGCUUGUCGCACAGAAAUCCAUGACUUACUCGCCUGCCGAGAUUCUUAUUUCGGAUGAAUCCGUCUACGACACUCAGACACAUACGCUUAGCUUGGUCAUCAAUCGCUCAGCGGGAUCCUUUGUUUCUACGGGGACUAAGUUCAGCUGGUGCAGAGAAGAUCAGCAGCUAAGGCAAAGCAAUGACAAUACUUUACCAGUGCAGCAGGUCUUCCACGAUACAGAUCUGACAGUUAGCUUCUGCCAUGGUCGGCGCGCCGUGGUCCGCAUUCAUACCAGCGAUAAGACGGCGACAACAUCAGUGGCAUCGAGGAGUAUCCCUGGUAAGCCAAUGCUUGCUGGCUACUAUGUCAUUCGCGCCACCGAGCCAGGAGUAGCCGAUGGCUACAUUGUCUCUUCUAAACCUUGGUGCCUGUCACCUGAGGCUGUGUCUCGAGAUCUGUCCAUCGGCAAUGUCAGCGUGGUUAAAUCAAUUACCAACAGUGCUACAGAUCCUGUCAAAAUCGUCUGGCCGAAAGGGGUUAUAGAUACGAAGGUUGAGUUUUCCCUUUACUGUAAUUCGGCACCCUCACUUCAGCAACAGCAAACAGCAAGAUUAACCUCCACUCCACAACCGGCAGAAGGGAACACAACUACAACGCCGGCAAGUAGCAACUUUGCUUCUUCUGGCGCCAGUGCAGCAUACAACAUGCUGCGGUUUAGUGUUGACAGUACACUCUGUGAAUACCUUUUGGGGAACGCACUGGGAGAAAUUCUGCUAUUGCCUGGCACUAUUAUGUAUCUAUCAUACGUAGUCCGCGGGAAGAACACAACUGGACAAUACGGACGUCUUGUAGUUGAGAUUUAA